CUGCCGGCUGCGAUCUGACAGUUGCCGCCGAGCCCCUCGUCGCGACGAGACGCUGCUCUCCCGCGACUUAAAUUCACGACGCGUUCGCGGAGUUCGAGAAAACCAUUCCAAACUUUUAAAUACCACUAUUUAACCUUAGAAGUGUUAACCAUCGUAUCUCGUAAAGUAGUUUCAACUAAUUUAGUGUGUUUAAAUAUCAUAAUCAGUGUCUAUCGUAUUAUAAUCGUUAAAUUAAGUGAUAAAGUGUAAAAAGUUCAGUGUUGCAAACUUUUUGGAUUGAUUCAAUAAAACUGGAUUGAUAUAGUCGUCUUUAGAGUAUCAGGAUGAUAUUAUCCUCAUACCCGGCACCGUUCAGCUAAGUUUUAAUAAAGAUAUUGUUAAGGCGGCAGGCGACACAAUCAUAAAAAUGCAGCGGCAAUAAGCUGCUACGCAGGUGGUUUCUCGCCAUGCAGCGCGCGGGUGGGAGAAGGGCCUGUGCGCCAUGAGCCACACUCCUAUCGGCGGCCACCCGCAAGGUUGGGAUCACAAGCUUGCUGACAGGUCGUCGCUACCGCCAGCUUCAGGGGAGGAGAAGAGCAAAUCUCAGUCCAAAUAUGUGUUCACACAACCACAUUCAAAGUCGGGCAUGGUGUGGCGCGAGCAAACCGAGGGCUCGUCGGGCAGCUCGGCGCGCUCGCCCGUGUCGCCGCCCUACAUCCGCUGGGCGCGCAGCCUGCCCGAGCUGCUCGAGGACGCAGAAGGCGUGCGUUUGUUCCGCAAGUUCGUGGGCGGCGCGGGUGGUCUGCACGUGGAGCGGCUCAACUUCUACUUCGCCGUGCAGGGCCUGCGCCAGGAGACCGACCCCGCCAAGAUCCGCCAGGUCGUCUCCGCCAUAUACAAAUUUCUCCGCAAGUCUCAGCUAGCGAUGCCGGAAGAGCUGAAGCAGCACGUGAAGCAGAGCCUCAAGGAUGGCUCCAACAUCGAGCGGACCAUCUUCGACAACAUGGAGAAAGAGGUGACGCGCGCCAUCAACGAGACGACGUACCAGGCGUUCCUGAGCUCGGAGGCGUACGUGUCGUACGUCAGCGCCGCCACGCAGCCGCUGUCCUCGCCCGACGCGUCGCCGCCGCACCCGCCGAGAGAGGUGGCGGUGUCCAGCGGCCUAGCCACUCUCCACGAAGGCCAAGAGUUAGGCUCGAGCGCGGGCGGCGGGUUCGCGCCCGCGCGUCUGACGCACGACGCGCUGCUCGCCACGCAGUCGCGCCGCCUUCACGCCGACGUCGCACCGCACCGCAAGCGUUCGGUGUACAGCGCCCACGUGACGUACGCCGGGUACUGCCCAGGCUCGCGGCACGACUCCGACCGCGCGUCGCUCAGCAGCGGCCGCGCCGACAGCGACGCCGUGUCGCUCUCCGGCAGCAGCGUAGAUGGCAUGUCGAUGCGCACGCGCGAACCUCGUCACCACCGUCUGCACGGGCUGGACCGCCACGCGCCGCUUAACAAGGAGCAGGACACCGCCAUGAUGAUUCCACGGACACAGCGCAUGCAGGCCGAGCAGCUGCGAGUGUUGCCGCCGGACGAGUUCGCGCCGCUGCUCAUCGAGAAGUUAGAGCGCGUGCGCCGCGACCAGGAGACCAAGGAGCGGCUAGAGAGGCGCCUCGCGGAGGGCGACGGCGAGGAGCCGUCGACGCAGGCGCUGCCGCCGCAGCUGGUGGCGGCCGCCAUCCGCGAGAAGCUGCAGCUCGACGACGACAACGACCAGGACAUAUUAGACCAGCACGUGUCGCGCGUGUGGUCGGAGCGCACGCCGGGCGCGUCCCCGCCGGGCGGGCGGCGUGCCCGGACGCGUCCGCACGCGCGCCGCGCGCCGUCCGCGCUGUCCGCCGACUCCGGACACUACGACGCGCCGUCCGACGCGCACCACUCGCACGCCGCUUCCAAGAGAUCAUUCAGCAAGAAAACCGUCACGGAGCUCACCGACAGCGGCGUAUCAGUGGUCAGCGAGGGAGCGAGCGUGGAGCCUCGCAUCUUGCUGUGGAUAGCUGAGGGCUCGGAGCGAUUAGAGCAGCUGGGCCGCCUGGAGCGCUUCGAGCGCUUCGAGCGGAUGGAGCGAAUGGAGCGGCGCGCGCAUCGUGACUUGUCGUCGCGCGCGUCGUCAGCUGACCGGGAUGACCACCGCCGCCGGGACAAGCAGCAGCAGAGGCCGCGCGGCAGCGCCAGCGGCGGCGGCGGCAGCAAGUCGAGCAGCACGAGCGGCGGCGGCGGCGGCGGCAGCGGUACCGCUGGUACCGAUACACACACCGUGGUCGUCGUGUCGUUCCUGGACGAAGCAGUGCCCUACCGCUUCAAAGUACCCGCCGCGCCUCUCACGCUCAAACUCUUCAAGGACUACCUGCCGAGGAAGGGGAACUACCGAUACUUCUUCAAGACGAACUGCGCGGACUUAGACACGGUGAUCCAGGAGGAGGUGUGUAACGACUCCGACACGCUGCCCGUGUUCGACGGGAAGGUCAUGGCGCGCGUCAAGACCAUCGACUAGGCGCCACACGCUACCGGGUGACAGCGAGACCAUAGACUACACUACCAAUUGACGAGACCAUCGAUUAGCCGCCACAGACUAAGCAAUCGAUCGACGGUGAACCCAUCGAUUAGGCACAGAUAGGGUUGCCAGGUGUCCGGCUUUAGCCGGACAUGUUUGGCGUUUUACAGUCGUGUCCGGCCAAAAAUUGAUUUGUCCCGCCUGUCCGGCUUUUGUUAGGCUUUUUAUGUGGUUGCCGCGCCAGGCGAAAGUCGAGCUGCGGAAUAAUAUCAAGCGCACGCAUCAGGAUGCUGGGCAACCAAUAAUGAUAGAAUUCACUCGUAAGCUACGACACUAAUUGCAUGUCCGGCUUUUAGGGUAAAAUGUCCGGCCAAAUGAAGCACAGAGUCCGGCUUUUGUGUUUUAGGACCUGGCAACCCUAACCACAGACUACGCGCUACCGUUUGGCGGCAAGAAAUGAUGAGAGCGAUGUAUGGCUAUAAGGUAGUAGACUCCAUCAUUUGCCUGCUUUUAAGGCUUCUGGCUUAGUAGACACCAUUUAAACUGUUCACCACACCAUUUCUGUAUUAAAAUAUUUUCGGCAGGCUUAACUGUUAGGCUGAGUUGCACCACAUUACUUUAACCGUAAAUAUAACCAUAACCGGUGUUUUUGUAUGGAGUUUGACAGAAUUAUGACGUUUGUUAUUGUUAUUAAGAUGGUGCAACCCAGCCUUAAUCUUUGAAACGGGAUUCGUUUAAAAAUAACAUUUGAACAUUAUAAUUUAAAUAAUAAUAAGACAGUGUAACUUAAUCCAGUGUCUUUCAAUAAAGGUGUGUUAUAUUGGUGUCUAUUAACCCAUACACAUCGUACGUAGCUUAACAUCGUUUUAUGGAUGGUCUAUCAGCUGUCGUUAGAUAUAAAAACUGGUAGUCGACCAGAGUUCGUUAAAUCAAAAUUAUCGCUCAUAAACCCCAGUCACAAAAUAUUUGACUGCUGGUUGCCAAACGCUAUAAAUAUGCCAGUAAAAUAGCCACUGGUAUUUAGCCUGGUUAUACCGCCAAAUUGUAAACAUCAGUAGGAGUUUAAGUGCAAUGUGAAUCAGUUGAAUACCAGUUUUCGUCGUUCUGUCCCGCUCCGCCUAAAAAUAUUUCUAUCCGUAUUUGAAACUCUUCCCAAAUUCAAAUUGUUUGUUUGUUAAUAAGUGUCAUCAAUGUGAACGAUGAUUGUGCUGUAUGAGAAUCUAUUACAUCAAUAUUUAUUAUAAUUUCAAAUGUGACGUGAAACAAUAAGUUUUGUAAGUGUAUGAUAGGUUUAAUGUACAUUGAUGUAUUGUGUUGAACUACUGAGUAACGUGAGGCGUGAUUGUGGGCGGGCCGGCAGGGCGACGCUAGUGUUAACACUUUAUUUAUUUAAACAACUAAAACGUAGAUUACACGAGCCCCUCGUGGCCACGUUGUAUAAACUUCUGUUCCUCGUCGUCUCUUAGCUUUUGAUUUUAAUUAUUUUUUUACUUGAGCUAGUUGAGUACGCUUACUACUGUACGAUAUUUUUAUUUUGGAGUACGACAGUUAUGCGAUUUCUUAAAAUAAUAUUCCUAGUGUUACAUGAAUGACUGCUUAGUUUGUAUAUUUUAAAUUAAUGUGUUAGAUAUACAAGAUGUGUUCUGUUUAAAAUAUAUACUUUCGUUAUAAUUGAGGAUUCGGAAAUUGUGACUCUUUCAAUGAAAUGUCGCCAUCGACUACAGAAUAUUUGAUUAUUGUUAGUACUUUGUAAUCUUUGAGAGUUCAAUUUAUUUUUAGUAUCUAACGACUACAUUUUUUGGUUUGCGUAAAAAUAUAUUCUUAUAAAUACAGGAAUAACCAUCUGUUCUGUGAUCGACGGCAGUUCGAUUCAAAAUUCACGGUACAUUUAUAAUGGGAUCUCAAUGAAUAUCAAUUAUGCUCUAAUGAAUUAAGUGGACAGUUAAAAUAAAUUAUUUCCGUUCUGCAGCUGUGAAUAGAACUAAUUAGACAGAUAGGAGUAAGAGUACAUUUGUUUAUUCCACCUUCGAGGCCAGUCGGCGUCGUUGGGAGGGUUUGUUGAUCCAUUUAUAUUUUCACUAAAACAUAAUAAUGACUGAAUUCCCCUAAACUUUACAGUUUCUCAACCACUAUAUUUAAGACACAUCGAGCAUUAAAAUAUCAGUUCCACCAAGAAAUACGACAAACGUUGCAACCACGCCGACUGUCACAAUACGUUGCUACUGCGAAAUGAUUGCCAGACUGAGUUUCCCUAAGUCAACUUAGUUCGAUAGCUAGUCCCGUUCGCUCGCGCGCCGCCACCCGAGGUUGCCUACAUUUAGCAGAUCCAAGACACGAUAUUCUUUCCGACUAGUCAUGUACUUAGAAUUUGAAAACUGAAAUUUAACUUGAAUACAAAGACUUGAAGAACGAACUAUAAAACUUCGCUCUUUGAAUAACUUAGCCGAUUCCAUCUGUUAUUCUUCUACCUUCGUCUGCAUCGAAAAGGAAAUCGUGUGUUGGCGCCGCGCCGGCCUCUGAUGAGUGGCGCGCGGGCGGCCGUUCCGUACAGUACUUAUUACUUGCAUAUUGUAAAAUAUAAGUAAGAUAGAUUGUCAUGUCCGGUCCAAAGAUACGGUCAGCGGCACAAGCGUGCGCCAGGAGCUAUCCUUAAUUUAAGCAACGAUGUUUACUACUGUUUAAAUUUGCCACUAUUUUCUUUUAGAUACUUUAUUUUUGUCUCCUGCGGGACGCGCCUGCGCCGCCGGCCGUACCUCAUAAAGAUAUAGGAGUGUUGCCAGCGAAACGAGUGCACCUAACGAAUGCACAAUUAUGAGAAUCGGGUGCGGAAACAUGUGCCUUCAAUGUUGAUAAAUUUUUCAUAGUUGAUGCUUCUAAUUAGAUGUAAGUUAACACUUGUAAAUAUAGAUUUAACGCUACGUCGAUUCGAACUCUAUUUUUUAUUAAUUUAAUUAAAAUCUUUUUUUUUUAUUUAUUGCCUAAGAUUGCGUUAACGCGCUCCCAAUACGUCUCGGACGCAGAUUUAAAUGAAUUGUUUAGUAUCUAUCCGCCCCCAGUGAGGGCCAAUAUUUAGCCAAUUUUAUGUGAAAAUUCUUUACUUAUUGAGUUGUAGUUCGUUGCCAACGGGCAUUAGAGGCCCGGUUAACGUCGUCUUCUUUCACUGCCAAGAUGCUUUCCAUAUACAAAGAUCGCUUGUACUUCUUUGGAAUAUUUUUGGUUUUAUUGUAUUUUUUUGCAGUUUUAUGCGAAAUUGUCUAAGCUUUAGUAUGAUUACGAGUUAUUUUUUGUAACUAAACCUUUUAAUAAAUGUUAUGUAUAAUGAAAACGUGGCGGGUAUCAAAUACUUGUGUCUGAGACGUCCAACACGUUGACAUCGUUUCAAGAUCACAAACGUGACCGCGUGUCGGUACGACAAUAUGUAUAAAUAGAUGAACUAUAUCGUUUUUAAAUUAUAUAAGGCACUUUCCCCACACUAGUUUCGAAAAGUACCUUUAUAAUGUAAUACCAAAAUGUCCUUGAGGGCUCAAAAAAUACGUCGAGUUAAAAUUGCUUGUUAAAAAUGUAUAAAAUAUAAUGUUUUCCAAGUCUAGAGUGUACACGGAUGUGGGAACUAAUAAGUAAACGAUUUGUAUUAAAAUAUUGAAGUACUAAAUAAAGUAUUACUUUCAACAAUGAUACAUGUAACGGUCGACGGCCGCAAUAAAUAGUAAAGAAUUCCACUAAUCGGACUGUAUUAUUUUUUUAUCUAGCACAUGUAACAUUUAAAAAAUAAACUGGAACUGUGCCAUAUG